UCAGCUGUCAUUCUCGUGAAAUCGUCGCGCAGGCCGGACCGUGGAACAAAACAACAAUCACCCGAUCCGAUUCUGCCGGAAUCCGGAUACUACGGACCACAUAGAUCACACCUAGAGAACGAUGUCAUUCGACCUGAAAAACGAGUCCGACGUCAAGGAGUAUCUGGACAAACUGGGCAUCGAGUACCGGUUUGGUUGUUACUCGGAGAAAAAAGCUGACGUGUGCCACCUGCUGGGCGAUUACCUGGAGGGAAUCAAAAAGGACUUUGACAAGGCGGGAAAGGUUUACCGGUCCAACUGUGACGAUUACGGUUACGCCAAGAGUUGCUUAAAGUAUGGAAAUUACAGCUUCCUGGGCAAGGGCCGUGCCUCGGACAAAGGUGACCCGGUGAAGGCGUACCAGUACUAUGAAAAAGGCUGCCAGCUGAACGACCCGGACGCGUGUCUCCACUCGGGCCUGCUGCUCGUGUCCAAAUCGAUUCCCAAAGAAAUGAAACGAGACGUCGGCAAGGCGUUCCAAUAUCUGACCAAGAGCUGUGAAAUGAACAACGCAAACGCCUGCUUCUACCUGUCCGGCAUGCACAUCUCCGGCGUCGUCAAGGACGAGUUCAAAGCGAAAGAGCAGGAACUGCACCAGCAAAAGUCCGCCCACCAGAAAGACAAACCAGCAUCCUCCGCCUCGCUGCCAACCCUUCCCGAGGGUGCGUACGUCGUCGAGCGGGACAUGCAGAAGGCGUUCGAGUUUGCGUACAAGGCGUGCGAGCUGCGCAACAUGUACGCGUGUGCCAACCUCAGUCAGAUGUACGCCAAGGGUGACGGAAUCCCGCGGGACGAAAAAAAGGCGGAAAAGUACAAGCAGCUGGCGCUGGAAAUGCAAGACGAAAUCAAGAAAGAGCAGCAGAAGCUCAACUUCCAGCAGGGACUGAACCCGACGUAGACGAGCGGACAGGAAAAACAAGACAUUCCACGUCGCCUCCCUCCCAGCGUAUGUCUGCUUGUCAAUCCGGAAAUACACGCAAGUAUAUUUUUACAAUCCACGAAAACACAUUUUUGCUCCGGCUACAGUCUCAAAUCACAAAAAGUCAACAAAGGUUUGCGGUUUUUUCUUAAUUAUUUGAGUUUAUUCAAACAAAAUGGAGACGAUCAAUGUUUGUCGUUCAGUUCUUGAUGGAGUUGUUGGAACUGGAACGGUUCCCCCCUCGUUGUUGGCAAAUAGAAUAUCGCUUAGAAAUGUG